AAUCGAUAAAUGUAAAUAAAACCCGGCGAAUUCUUAGCUGUUUGUGAAUUUCUUUACUAAUUUUAAUAAAAAUAACUAAAUAAUUAAUAAUAUGGCGCUGGUGGACUAUGGUGGGAGCAGCUCCUCCGCCUCUGAAGAUGAAGAGUCCACAGAAAACAAUCAAACUCCAACAUUGAGCAGCCUCAAAAGACCGGCCCUGCCCACAGCUGCCGCCCUGCUGGGCCCCAAGAAACCCAAGCCGGAGGAGUUCGUCGAGGAUGUGGUGGAUGAUCCCGCUCUACAUGGUGGUCGCAUCCGAAGCUUCAAGCACGAGCGGGGAAACUGGGCCACCUACGUCUAUGUGCCGGCAGCAGCCUGUGCCGAUCAGCUGGAGGAGUUCCAAGCGGAAGCCAUUGCCCAUUUGGAGCCGCACCUGGAACUGCAGGCUAAUGAUUCACUGCAUCUCAGUUUGAGUCGAACGGUGGUGCUGCAAUACCAUCAGAUCGACGAGUUCUCACGGUCCUUGCAAACAGCUCUUAACAGCUCCGUGGGAUUCACCGCCACAUUGCAAGGCCUAAGGAUUUACACAAACGAGGAGCGGACCAGGACCUUCAUCGCCGCCCCUCUGGAUCCUGCUUUUGUGGAGAAGAUGACUGCCAUCCUGCAACCCAUCGACCAGGUGAUGCUCGACUACCGGUUGCAGCAGUUCUACGAUCCUGCCUCCUUCCAUGUCAGCCUCCUUUGGUGCUUGGGCGAUCAGGAGGCACUGCUGAAGGACAAGCUACAAGAGCUGCAAGAGCUCCUGGAAGAUCAGGACACUCUGACACUUGCUGUCAAUGAAGUACACUUGAAAUGCGGCAACAAGGACUUUACUUACAGGUUAAAAUAGACAGUGAUUAUUGAAAUUUUAUUGUUUGAAUUUAAUAUGAUUACUUAUAUGCAUGCUGCUCUUAAUUGUAAUGUAUAAAAUCUUUA